GCAGCCAUGGGGCAGAAGUGCAUGGACAAGGUGUCCUCCUUCCUCUUCGAGUAUGACACUCCUCGGAUGGUGCUGGUGAGGAACAAGAAGGUGGGACUGACCUUCCGGCUGAUCCAGCUCAUUGUCCUGGCGUACAUCAUCGGGUGGGUGUUCCUCUACGAGAAGGGUUAUCAAUCUCAGGACAGCAUUGUCAGCUCGGUCUCGGUGAAGCUGAAAGGGCUGACUCUGACCAACGAGAGUGUCCUGGGCCCUCACAUCUGGGAUGUGGUGGACUAUGUUUUCCCACCCCAGGGGGACAACUCAUUCGUGGUGAUGACCAACUUCAUUGUCACCCCUGGACAGAAACAAGGAACCUGCCCAGAGCUGCCAGACGCCGGGCUCUGCACGCGAGACAACGACUGCGCCAAAGGGAAAUACAGCCGGCAGGGACAAGGGCUCAUGACAGGCAAGUGUGUGCCCUUCAACAGCUCGGUGAAGACCUGUGAGAUCUUUGGCUGGUGCCCUGUUGAAGUUGAUGAGCAUGUUCCCAGCCCUGCCCUGUUGUCAGAAGCAGAGAAGUUCACCUUGUUCAUCAAGAACAGCAUCAUUCCUAAGUUCAAGGUGUCCAGGCGCAACUUGGUUGAGAGUGUUACCAAACAGUACCUGAGGAAAUGCACCUAUAACAAAGCCACCGACUCCUUGUGCCCUGUGUUUGAACUGGGAUACAUAGUGAAGGAAUCGGGUCAGAAUUUUACCUUCCUGGCUGUUAAGGGUGGAGUGGUGGGCAUCACCAUAGACUGGAACUGCGACCUCGACUGGCCUCUCCGGUACUGCAAACCCAUUUACCAGUUCCAUGGCCUUUACAAUGAUGACAGUAACGUUUCACCAGGCUUCAACUUCAGAUAUGCCAAGUACUACAGAGAAGAUGGGAUGGAAAAAAGGACCCUCUACAAGGUGUUUGGGAUCCGGUUCGACAUUUUGGUGAAUGGCAAGGCAGGCAAAUUUGACAUCAUCCCAACCAUGACCACAAUUGGCUCUGGAAUUGGUAUUUUUGGAGUGGCCUCUGUCCUCUGUGACCUGCUCCUGCUGCAUUUCCUGCAAGGACGGGACUAUUACAAGCAGAAGAAAUUCAAAUACGCAGAACCGGAGCCCUCCAAGUCACACAAGAAGGAAAAGGAGCUGGACAACACGCAGUGAGAGAAUCCACACGGACCGACAAACCUGCACCCUCUUCCUCCUCCUCCUCUCCUAAAACACAGUCACCAUCCCCUGUCACCAGCCUGUGCCAGCCCCAAGGUCAGCAGGAGCAGUGUCCAACACCAGCUCAUGGGAAGGUGGUGCCCUGCAGCCAGGGCAGGGGCCGGCCGGCCCGGCACCCAGCUGUGGGUGGGCACAGGGAUGCUGUGGGUGGGCUAAACUAAGGGACUCGUGGGGCCCUCUGCCAGCCCUGCUGCAGGGCACCGGGGUCUGCUGCCAUUGCAGACCCUUCCAAAGGGCUCCCACAGCAUCCUGCCUGGUAUCCCAAAACCAUGCCAGGGCACCUCUCACCUAAAGCCCCUGAGGAGGCCACUGCUGCCUCUCCCUUCCCAGUGGCACCUUUGGACAGCUUCAAAUUGAGGAGAAGGAGAGGGAAGGAGAGCUGGCAGGAACC